AUGAGAAAUUGGGAGUAUUACAACAAGGUUGUUUGGCCUCCUCAUUAUGUUGUACCGGAGACAGGAUUGCCAAAAGCUAGGGAAGUAUUCCACUGCAGAGAAUCGGUGCAUUUCUCUCCAAAGCGUAUGUGGCAAGCAUGUCAGCUCAUUUGGCGGACGAAUGUAGAUGAAGCUAUAACCCAACUGGAUUUUCAGCAGUUGAAGAGUUGCAAGAUUCUCAGAGAAGUGUUGAUGGAGGCGAAGGAAAGAGCAGUAAACGAGUUUCAUAUCGAGUUCCCAUCCGACAUGUUUGUUGCAGAUGCGUUUCCAGUUCAAUGUCAAAUAAUUAAAGUAGAACGGAGUGAGUUCAUUGAAAUGGUGCUAUUUGUAUUGAUUUUUCAUCAAUUGCAACCUACAGGGAAGCCCACCGGGAUUCAAAGAACGGGAGAAGCAGAAAAAUGGCUGGGAGAAAAUGGAAGCUUACUAUGA